CAAAGUCUAGCUUUUCAUCAAUUCCAAAAAGGAGAAAAGAAAAGUUUUUCUUUUGUCCGCUUGGGUAACUGCAAAGUUUGGCAAGUUGGGAGACUAAUAUUAUUUUGUACAGCAAAGGCAUGACGUCACUACUACUACUUCUUCUUCUUCUCCUUCUUCCUCCCCAAGCAAUAAAAAUGGUUAUAUAACCAAGCUCCAUAAGACUGCUACCUCAGCUCCACUCCAAGCAACAGCAAAAAUGAAGAAAUUUGAGUUGGUUUUCAUACCCGGCCCAGGGAUGGGCCACCUGGCAUCCACGGUGGAGAUGGCAAAUGUUAUUGUCGCCCGAGACCACCGUCUCUCCGUCACAGUCCUCACCAUCAACCCCUCCUCCGAUCCCAAAAUAGCUCAACAAAUUCAGUCCUUUUCUGCAUCUUUUGCUGCCAAAUCCAUCCGCUUCAUUGCCCUUCCUGAACCGCCCCUUCCAGAAGAGACUAAAAAUGGCUUCAGGCUUAAACAAGUCCUCCAAAGUUACAAGCCUCAUGUGAGGGAAGCUGUGACCAACCUCACCAACACCCCUGAAUCACCCCCACUUGUGGGAUUCGUCAUAGACAUGUUCUGCACUGCCAUGAUUGAUGUGGCUAAGGAAUUUGAGGUUCCUUGUUAUGUGUUUUACACGUCCAGUGCUAGCUUUCUUGCUCUUAGUUUUCAUCUUCAACAACUUUACCAUCAAAAUGACAGCAGCAACCACGCGGUGGAACACUUGAAGGAUUCGAAUGAUGAAUUAGCUGUGCCAGGAUUUGUGAAUUCGAUUCCUGGGAAAGUAAUCCCCAGUGUCUUUUUUGAGAGCGAAAUUGCUGCUUGGUUUCAUGAUAAUGCUAGAAGAUUUAGAUCGGAAGUCAAAGGGAUUUUGAUCAAUACAUUUGCGGAGAUGGAACCACAUGUCAUGAAUGGCUCCUCGCAAAUUCCACCUCUGUAUUCUGUUGGACCUGUUUUGCACUUGAGAGAUACUAGCGCUGAUGGAUCCAAUAAAGUUCAUGAUGCUGCAGAUACACUAAAGUGGCUUGAUGAUCAGCCCCCAUCGUCAGUUGUGUUCCUGUGCUUUGGAAGCAUGGGAAGCUUUGACCAGGAUCAGGUGGAGGAGAUUGCUCGAGCUCUCGAGCAGAGUGGAGUUCGGUUCUUGUGGUCGCUCAGGCGGCCGCCGCCAAAGGGGAAGUUGGAAGCGCCGAGCGAUUAUGCUGACAUCAAAGAUGUUCUACCAGAGGGAUUUCUGGAUAGAACGGCAGAUGUUGGAAGGGUGAUCGGGUGGGCGCCGCAGGUGGAGAUCUUGGCGCACCCAGCUACUGGAGGAUUUGUAUCGCAUUGUGGUUGGAACUCAACGCUGGAGAGUGUGUGGCAUGGCGUGCCAAUGGCAACAUGGCCAAUGUAUGCUGAGCAGCAAUUUAACGCCUAUGAACUGGUGGUGGAAUUGGGAUUGGCGGUGGAGAUAACGGUAGAUUUUCGAAAAGAAUUUCGUGGGGAGAGGUCAAGAAUUGUCAGUGCCGAAGAGAUAGAGAGUGGGAUUAGAAGAUUGAUGGAAGACAACAAUGAGAUCAAAGAAAAAGUCAAAGCAAAGAGUGAAGAGAGUAGAAAAAGUGUGCUGGAGGGUGGAUCCUCCUUCGUUUCGUUGGGUCAUUUCAUAGACGACGUUAUAGCCAAUUCGCUAGGAGGAAGAGAUUAAGAGUUUGUUUGGUAA